AUGGUGUACUACUUCUCGUCCAACACGGUGUCGCCGUCAGCCUUUAUCUACGUCGGCAAAGACAAGGUUGAGAACGAAGAGCUUAUCAAAUACGGCUGGGACGAAGAUGUCUGGUUUCAUGCCGACAACCUCUCUUCGGCCCAUAUCUACGUCCGGUUACCCGAGGGCGAAGAUUGGGAAAACAUGAGCAAAGAGUUGCUGGUGGACUGCGCGCAACUAACCAAGGCGAACAGUAUUGAGGGCAACAAGAAAGACAACGUCACGAUUGUGUACACGCCUUGGAGCAACCUGAAGAAAGAUGGGAGUAUGGCUGUAGGUCAAGUUGGGUUCAAGGAUCAGCGAAAGGUGAAGCGCAUACAUGUGGAGCAGCGAGAAAAUCCUAUUGUCAACCGUCUUAACAAGACAAAAGUUGAGAAGUUCCCCGACCUAAGAGAGGAGCGAGAAGCAAGGCGGGCGGAGUUGAGGAAACGAGAUCAGAGUACUCUGCAAGCCAAGCGCAAAGAAGAGGCCCGUAUAGCUAAGGAGCGCAAGGAGCUUGCGUGGCGGAGAGAUCAUGCCUACGACGAUGUCAUGACAGAGGAGAGUCUGGAGCAAAACUCCAACGAGAACCGCGAUGAGAACUUCCUCGACGACUUCAUGUGA